AUGUUCUCUGUUAUGGCAAACAACGAAAUAGAGGCUACUGUUACAUAUUCUUUUCUGUGUGGUAUUCGUGGAUUUCACGUCUACAAAGAAGUUUGGAAACCGAUCCUUGGGGAACGUUUGAACCUUUCUCACGAAAGAAAGAACCUCCAUGAUCGCUAUGCUAUAGCUGCUUAUAAGCGCCUUCCGGGACAGCUUGCUGACUCAAUCAUUGGUCACUUACCCAGAGAGAUCUCUAGGCCUACACGUUUUUCUCUUUUAAGAGGAGGGGUCUCUGUCGCUGAAGUCAUAAAUACAAUGCACAGAAGAUCACCGCUUGUACAAGGAGAACUUGAAAUUCCAGUUAAAGUUGCGGUUGAAAUCGAAGCCACAGCAAAGAACAGAUUGAUAAUUGACAAAUAA